AUUCAAACAGUUACGCAUACGUCCUGAUAAAUUCGUUGGGGCUUCCCCAGGGGCUAGGGUAUUUUCAUUGUCCACGCAUGUGGCGGCAAUGCAAUGUGGCAGCCCGAAAGGCGGCUUCAGUUGUCGUUGGAAAGCCAGGCGGCAAACAACGUCAGGAAAAAACAUGCGGUAGUCAGUGGAACGGGGAUACCCGAUGAAGGGGAACGGGAAAAAGGAAAGCCAAAAUAUGCACGCUUCUCAGCAUGCUCCUGUCACCGUCUAACCAGACAUGCCAGCGCAUCCUGUCCUUCAUUGCUAGGAUCAUCUCCAGGCAGCUGAACCAGAUGAGCCAGCACCGAAGGACGUCCCUUGUCCGUGCAGCCUUUGACCAGUUCCCGCCCCAGGAACUAUGCCAGCGUCAAGCCUUCAUCCCUCUGAAGGCGACACCCGGCUUGAUGGCCAUGCAGCGGAGUCAAGUUCGGUUCGGAGAGGAUUACCGCAUUUAUCAGCAGAACAUCGAUCUGGACUCCUUCUUCGGAGAGGAGCCAAAGUAUGACAAAGUUUCGGAUGUCUGCCUGCUCAACGAUCACUUCAUACUGGUGAAGAUGCCCCAGUUACAGCAGCCCAACAGCCCAGCAGUAAAGGCACCAACAACACAAUCGCCUCCCCAGACGAAAUCGAAGCUGCCGCGUUGCUUCAAAUGCAGUCGUAGCAGUCGCGUCUCGCCCAUUCUGGAGGAGAUGGAGGAGAAGCGUCCUCAGAGGAGCUGCCUGAAGCCCUGGGCCAGCAGGGACAUGGAUGAAGUUGAAGUUUUUGAUUCCACCACGACCAUAACAACCAUCCCAAGUGAGGCCAGCAGGAACGGCCUAGACGAUAUUGAGACCUUCGAAUCCAUCACUAAAAUAACAUUUCCACGUAAGAGUUUUGUUCGUGCUCCUCCUGAAUCUGUGAUAGUAGAGCAGCCACAUCUGCAGCCGCAUCCGCAGCCUCCUCCAAUCCCUGCUCUUCUGCAGCUGGAAGCGAUUCAUCCAGCAGCAUCAGCCCCAGUCGUCGAGACGCCUCUUCUUAGCCGCGCUCCAAUCCAUUGGUUUCUGUGGCUCUUCCGGCGACGGCUCCACUCCAGACCCAAGUCCAAGCCCCCGCUGGCCGCCGUUCAUAAGACGUACUUUGUGCGCUGGAGCAAACCCCCGGACACCAUCUGGCAGGGCUACGGCGUGGACAGAGGCGAGAAGGAGCAUAAGAUGGGUCUGCGGCGCUGUCGUUCGGCAGUCUUCUGAGCGAAUCAAUCAUCAGAUAAAGAUAAGAUAUAUUUUUAAAGAUUACUUUGUUAAGGGUCCAGUAAUUUUCUUCUUAAAGAGCUUAAAUGGUUUAAGUUAUAAUUUUGAACAAAAAAAAAUAAUUAAUUAUAAUAAUUAUCGAUAUUUGAAAUUA